UUUAACUUCUAUUUUUAUUAUCGGGUGUUACGUUGCUACUAAAUGUUGCUUAGUAGUACAAUGUCGUUUAGGUGUUUAUAUAUAAAGAGAAGUUCUCAACGUAAAAUUGCAUCGCGUCGUACUCUCUUUGAUGCUGUAUUACGGAAACCCGCGGCAACCGACAUAUCCUCAAAUCCACAUCGAAACCGACUUCCUAGUGUAAAGUAGCACCAACUAAUAAAACGGGAAAUUCACAUCGACCGGAAAUAUGCAGCUUCCCAGGAGUCUCGGAAUCUCGACGGCUGUCCUCCUCUGCCAAAUCAGAGUCGCACUCUCAUACGAUACCACUCCGUUCAUCGGUCCACUUGACCCCUGGAGGGUAACCCGGCUGCAGAUCACGGCUCCGGAGCCGGGCCACUCGAGACCCUUUGGCAUCGACCUGGCCAUCUCAAAUCCCAACAAGGUCUCAGCGGGCCCAGCGCCGCACGCGGCUGGCGGUGGAUACUUGCCCUUCGCCCCGAGCGCUGCGAAUUGCACCGUCGAGAGCGCGGAUGGGGACACAGCUGUGAGCAACACCUGCAUCGAGACAACGCAGUACUCAUACGGGGUAUGGUCGGUAGAUUUGCUGCCUGGAAACACUACUAUUGACCCUCGGAGCUUUAACCUUGUUUUUACGUUGAACUACAACGUUACUCGUUGGGGAGGGAUUCUAUACAAAUUAUAUGAGGGCAUGGGACACUUCGGAGUCGGUGAUAAUUUAGAAGAGGGCCGCUGUGAUGAUGGGAGUGGGACGUGCUUGUUUACGCUGAAAGUAAAUAGCACGCCGGCUUUGAUACCGCCGACGAUGACGGCUUGCCAGGGGACUUGUAGACUGGAUUAGUUGAGAGGGGAAGAUUGCCUAUCUUAUGGUUGUUAAGGGUGGUUACUAGACGCCACUUUGGUAAGGCGAAAUAGGAAUUUUGUAGUAGUUGAUACUUCCUCGUUAGUCCUAAAUAAUUACCUUGCUGAGUUAUUUUCA